UGACAUUCAGCUUUAAGACUGUGCAAGAGAAAAUGCUCUUCACACUGAAUGAACUAGUGCAGUGGCUUGGACUCACCAUCUUUGAGAUAUGGAUCAAUCUUCUCGCCAUUACACUGUUCACAAUUCUCUUAGCCCUGCGUCUGGAAAAUAUCAUCACGGGUGGUAGUGCAUGGUGGAUUGUGUUUGCUCCCUUAUUUGCGGCAGAUGGACUCAAUGCAUAUUUUUGUACCAUCGUAUAUAUCCGGAUGCAGCUAGAACGGCUGUACAAGGUGGCACUGUUCCGGGUGUCCUGGAGCUUCCUGUUCUUGGUGUUACUGUUUGUAUUUAAGUUCCUCCUGUGCCAGAAACUUUCAGGGCAAGGCCACCACGAGUACUCAGAAGUGCUGGCACCGAUAUUCAUCCUGCUUCAGCUCAUCAUGGUGAGGGCUUGCCAGAUGCACUGAGAAUAAGACACACAGGAAUUUAAAAAUGUAGCAAGUGUUUGUCCUGUCUGUAGAUAUAUUCCAUGUAAGAACAUUAAAUAAAACAAAAUAGAAGCAUUCUUGAUCCAUAGUGAUCUA